CCAAGUGUUAAUGUGUUAUCACCGCACCCUACAUCACCGCCUCUUCCUAGUUCCUCCGCCAACCCUGCCUCCGUUGCUAGGGGAAAAUAAGUAAUUUCCGGCUUGAAGAUUCCCCAGUCCCCAAAAUUGUAUCCCGCUUUAAACUUCCAGCUUCAAUUGCAGAAACCCUAGUUCUUUGCUGCCCUGUGAUUCUUACAAAUUUCCGCAAAUGUCGUCAGGCAAGCGAUAUCACAAGGACAAAGUUUCUCGUCGCAAAGAGGAGAAGCCAGAGGAACCAGAGACGCCUCGAUACAGGGACCGCGCGAAGGAACGUAGAGAGGAUCAGAAUCCCGAUUAUGAGGCGACAGAAUUGGGUUCUUUUCACGCCGUCGCACCUCCGGGCGCCGUUGAUAUCCGGUUAGCCGAUGCCCACAAGAUUUCCAUCGAGAAGAGCAAGUACCUUGGAGGUGAUGUGGAGCACACGCAUUUGGUGAAAGGGUUGGACUAUGCUCUACUGAACAAAGUUAGAAGUGAGAUUGGCAAGAAGCCGGAAGCUGGAGAUGAUGCCGAUGAGAAAUCUGGAGCAUCAAAGGAAGACCAACAGUUGUCAUUUCGAACUGCAACUGGAAAGUCUGUGUACCAAAGGAUAGUCAAGCCUCAAACUAUUAUGAAGACAAAUGAGAUGUUUCUUCCUGGCAGAAUGUCAUUUAUUUAUAACAUGGAAGGUGGUUACUAUCAUGAUAUUCCUACAACAUUGCAGAGAAGUAAAGCUGAUUGCCCUGUCCCUGAGGAAAUGGUCACUGUUAAUGUUGACGGUUCUGUGCUCGAUCGAAUUGCUAAAAUCAUGUCAUAUCUUCGUCUUGGUUCUUCUGGAAAGGUUCUAAAGAAGAAAAAGAAGGACAAAGAUGCAAAGGUUAAAAUUUCAGCUGUUGGCAAUAUUUACGAUGAAGAGGAUAAGCAAUCAAAGCUUAAUCAGACGAUCUCAAACAUGAAGCUAGAAAGGGAAAUCAUGCCCCCGCCUCCACCGCCUCCCAAGAAGAUUCAGCCUGAUUCUCUAGAGAAGCAGGAAUCCCUGUCUAGAGCAGAGGAGGAGGACAUAUUCGUAGGGGAUGGCGUUGACUAUAGUGUUCCGGGGAAAGACAUGAGUCAAAGCCCUAUCUCAGAGGACAUGGAAGAGUCUCCUAGUAACAAGGAAAGAGUUUCGUAUUUCAAUGAACCUACUUAUGGUCCUGUUCCGCCAACUGUACCUUCUCAAGAAUGGCAAGAUCUGAGUGGGUAUGAUGCUGCUGUUCAAGCACAGGCAUACGCCAGUGCCUACCCGGGAGAGUGGCAGCAGGACUAUCAAUAUGCUGAGCAAUUGGCGUAUCCUGACCAGUAUCUGCAGCAGGCUUAUGAUGCAGAGGCUGGGUCGAACAUUAUACAGGAUCCACGCUUCAUGACACAAGAAGAGAAGGAUCGGGGUUUGGGCUCUGUGUUCAAGAGAGACGAUCAAAGGCUUCAGCAACUGAGAGAAAAAGAUUCGAGGGAGAAAGACCCUAAUUUUGUCUCUGAGAGUUACUCUGAAUGUUAUCCUGGGUAUCAAGAGUACAAUCGCGAAGUCGUGGACAGUGAUGAUGAAGAUGACUUGUCAAAAAUGGAUAUGGGUGGACGGGCAAAAGGCCGCCUUCAUCGAUGGGAUUUUGAGACGGAGGAAGAGUGGGCAAAGUACAAUGAGCAGAAGGAAGCAAUGCCAAAGGCAGCGUUCCAGUUUGGGGUGAAGAUGCAAGAUGGUCGGAAGACACGCAAACAAAACAAGGAUCAGAAGCUGAAUAAUGAACUGCACCAGAUCAAUAAAAUAUUAGCGAAAAAGAAGAUGGACAAGGAUGGUGGUGGUGGUGAAGGUGACCACCAUGAUGAUGACAUGCCGGUUGGCAAGAAGCAACGAUUAUGAGGACGAGGAAAACAUACUUGGUAGGUUUAGUUCUACCCUCAUUUCAGGUGUAAGUUGUAGGCUUAUUGUGUUUUGUUUCAUGGGGCAUAUGCUGCUCUUGUGGAAUGAAAUGUCAUCCAGCCAAUAGAUCCCUGCAGAUGGGGAUGAUAUUUAUAUUUCUCAAACUAAAUGUACCUUUCUAAUUAUUGAGCCUUACUAUUGCUCGCAAGUUUUGAGAGGUUUUAACUUAAAUUGUAGAAUGCCUUGUAUUUAGUCAAUCAUUCAAUACUGCUAGAAAGUUCGUAGACUUAUUACAUGCCACUUAUUGGUAUGACUAUUAAAAUGGCUUGCUAAAG